GCUCUCAUGGGCAACACAUUGGUCUCUCCCUGCUUCGCAUCAACCACUCACCCCACCACCACUACCACCCCCGCCGGCGCCACAAAGCUCGUCUUUUGGGGUGGAACCACCACCAUCACCACCACAAAGCUACUUGCCGGAGAACUAUUGUUUCAGUUCCCUGACAGUUUAAUAUGUCACGCUAACUCCUUCUUCAUCGGCCAACCCGUCCCCGCGCUAACUAUAGAAGAAGAGCUGAUUUCCGGCGAAACUUACUUCGUUCUCCCCGCCGACCACCUUCCCUGUGGCUUGCUCACCGCCGCUUCACUUGCUCUGCUUUGCUCCACCAAAGGCCGUCAGCCGGGUUUUGUUCAUGGAAAGUGCCCGUUUGAGUGCGUAAAGGGGAGCGAUGGGAAGGCACAUAUAAGGGUGCUGCCGGAGUUUAUUGAAGGGAUGAUAAGUGGCGGCUGCGAUGGUGGUGGCAGUGUCGGUGGCUCUGACGUCGGAGACGGCGACGAGGUUUGUGACGUGAUAUGUAGUACGCCGGAGUUGAGGAAGCAGUAUGAGCAGUUGGUGGGGUCGAAGAGCCGACCGUGGUCGCCGCGGUUGGAGACGAUAAUUGAGAGUAAUUUUAAGGUGAAGAUGUCUCCCUGUAGGUUCUUGAGCUGUGAUAGGGUCUAGGUUAUCGGUGAUUAUUUAGAAUAUUCUCUGAUUAUUUACAUGGGUCG